GCGCCGCUUCCGACUGUGCAAGGGUGGACGUCCAGGGUAGACAGGUCAGACAUGUCGUCCUGCUUACGUGGCAGAAAAAUUGUCGUCGCCACCCACAGGUGAAGAGCUUCUGAUAUCGGCCGUCGAUAGACAGCCUCUACUCCCUCUUUGUGCAGAUUGGCGGUCAACUUCAACUUCCCGCCGGGGAAGAAGGGACGGGAUCAUGGCGAUUGCCACAGCGCGUGUGGAGAAUGCCCUCUACCAACGAUGCGGGUGUUGUGGCGGCGACACCAAAACCGUAGAUCUCAAGGGCGGUGGAGAUUCGAUGCAAUGGCCUGCGCGACGGAGAUCCUGGGCAGUGGAGAAUCUGCAGCAGUUGAGCGAUAACUCCCGCUUUGGCAAUCACCUCGCCAAUCUGAAAAUCUGGAAGGGGCGCCGCAAUUCCCGCCUCCCCACUCACCGCGCAAAUUUUGCACUGCGGAAGGAAACCGCGACGAGCAACCCUCCUCGUGGAAAGCGGAGGACGUCAGCAGCUGCAGAGGGAGCUAGCCUGGCGGCGGGCAUAGCAAGCAGAACGAGAAUAUCAAGGACGAUGGCGCCGCCGCCACCGACAAUGAGUCGUCCGACGAGUUUCGACCGCCUUGCUAUUCUCUGCCGUCCCUAUUCUCUGCCGUCAGAUCAAGGUUCAAAGGCGCAUCCGCGCCUCUGCUGCGGAGGGUGGAGUAGCGUCAUGUGGACAAAUUGCCGUAUUGAUUUGUCCUUGGGCCAUUCCUCCUGCCGUUACUCUCUCCGCGCGUCUUCCUCUCCUUGGGCCAGCGGCACUUACGCUGCCGUCUGUCCAGGUAUGAAGCCUACCGGUAGCUGGGCGUCUCUGCGGCCGUCGCCAAGCUAUGGUGGGCAUGAUGACUUUAACGUUGUGAGCGUGAGAGUGGAAAGCACACGUGGCGCAGACUCGUCGGGUUCAGAUGGGCACACAAGGCACAUAAGGCGCAGGAGAAGAGAGAGUGGAAAGCUCACAUGGAGGCGUGUGGACGCCCUGCAAGUCGCUCCCAAUGAACCGUUACUCGAGGACUUGAUGAUGGAUGACCAGAAUGAAGAGAGUCGCAAUUGGGUAGGAAAUUCAGAUCAGCAGCGGACGGAGAACAGAUUGGUUCUUGGUGAGAAGACAUUGCAGAUCAACAAAGCAGAUUUCACUGUCAGCUCUGUACUAGACAAGAUCAGACGGGGGAAGCUUGACCUGCGACCAUCAUACCAGAGGGACUUUGUGUGGGACAAGAAGACGGCAAGUAAACUAAUUGAGUCACUAUUGCUAAACAUACCAGUACCGACACUUUUCUUCCAUGAGAGACAAAAGGGUGUGAUGGAGGUUGUUGAUGGAAAGCAGCGCCUGACCAGCAUAUGGUCGUUUAUCGAGCAGGGAACAUUCCCAGAUGGUACUGAGUUUUCUUUGACCGGAUUAGAAGUUCUAAGCAGGCUGAAUAAUAUGAAGUAUGGUGACCUAGAUGAUUCCUACAAAGAGGCGAUCCAAGACUUUGCCUUGAACGUCCACACAAUCUCCCGACAUUCUGAUGACGAUGUUGUAUUUGAGGUAUUUGAGCGGCUAAAUAUGGGAUCCACACAGCUGAAUGAACAGGAGCUCCGGAACUGCAUCUACCAGGGCAGUUAUAAUGAUCUCCUUGAGGAGUUGGCAAGGUUCAAGGACAUGCUCAAGGUGAUGAAAAGUGAUGUUCCACAUAAAAGGAUGCGAGACCGGGAACUCAUACUUCGGUUCUUUGCUCUCCAGAGGGGUGGUAUCAAUGGCUUUAUCAUGCCCGUGAAGAAAUGGCUUAAUGAGGAAAUGCGCAUUAAUCAGGCACUAGACCCCUUUGAAAAGCAAGAAAUGAAGAUGGAUUUUCAGCGUGCAAUUUCUUUGGCAAAUGGAGUCUUUGGCGAUCAAGCAUUUCGAAUCCUCAGAUUGCGACCGCAUGGGGCAGAAGCCAAAUGGGAGGCAGAUGUAAAUGUUGCACUCUGGGAUACAAUCAUGUUUGGCUUCUCCCAGCUGAGCAGCAUCGAUGAGGAUGUCAUUUUGAAGAGAGCACCUUCUCUACGGACAGCACUUGAACAUCUUAUGACAAAGGAUGCAAGGUUCAGGGCAAGUCUCAUAUCGAAUCCAAAAGCACUGGAAAUCCGAUGGAGGCUGUGGGAUGAUGUCCUGAAUAAAGAGUUUGGGACUGAGUGAAGUUUUAACUUUUAACAGUGAACUUCCUUUGGAUACGUUCAUGUAUCCUUUUUUCUAUUAUUUAUUCAAGUGAUAUAGUCCUUGUCAGCUUUGUCACUCAUUUUUUACCAUGUUGUCAUGCUCACACUGAACAGUUAGUGAAAUAGAAGUAUUUGCUUUCUGCAUAAGAACUAUGAAAGAAGUUUGCAACACUCAGGAAUGUUAUGUACUAACCAUUUUGACUGCUACCCCAGCUUUGAGAGCACACUCGUGGCUGAUGCAAAACAAACGAGACUGCGGUGAGGUAUAUGGAGCGUAUCGUAUAGGGCAGUGAUGUUUGCAUGGGCAGGGCAACUGUAAAAGUUCGCUUAGGAAGGAGUCCGAAGGACCCUUUCGGUGAGCGAUUGCUCCUUCCGAUUUGCCAACCCUUGGGCAGGGCAGACCGGCCAGGAGUUUUAUUGGUCUCCUGUUUCAACCGUUCAUGGGUAUGCGAACUGAGGUAGGCCCGUUGGUGGACGGCUUGAUUGCGUCGAGCGGAGAUUUUUUGGAUAAAAAAUUCGGGAAUUCUUGAUAGUCUGUGUAAACUUUGGCUCGGGAUGCGGGCAUGCGAAUCUGAAUGUCGCCCCCGCAAAUGUUGUCAUCAUUCUUCAACGUUAAUCGAAUGCAGCAAACAUCACCGUCAUCUGUCUCACCAUCGCUCCAACCGUCGUUCCAGCUCAUUCGUCCUCCCCCUCCCCCGCCGCCGCCUCCUCUUCCCCUCUUCCUCGUCCUCCCUUUGGCAGAUCCUCCUCCUCUGCCUCCUCCUCUUCUCCUCCUCAUUCUCCUCUACCUUCUCCUCUUUGUCUUUUCCUCAUCUGCCUCCUCUUAUCCUCGUCUGCUCCUCCUCGCCUCAUUAUCCACCUCUACUCCCUCCUCCUCUUCUUUGCCUCCUCCGCCUCCCAUUCCUCCUCCUCCUCCCAGGGUGGCAGGGGGCGCGUUGGAGGAAAGGUGAUGUGACCAGGGAGUUGUUGAGGUUGAUGUGAAGGUGAAGUGUGCAGGUAGAGACAAGAGUCGAGACUGAGGGGAACCCAGAACUGGCGAACCGACGGGACGUAAAUAGUGCAAAUAGAACACAAAAUGGAGGCCAACGAGGAUACGGAGGAGGGGGAGGAGGGGGAGGGCAAAUGACCUGGAAACAGAGCUGGAGCAAUCGCGAGGUAGAUGACAAUGAAGUUCGCUGCAUUCAAUUAAUGUUUGGCGACAACAUUUGACGGGGUGACAUUCGUACUUGCAUGCCCGGCAUUGCCUGUGGUCCAAGCCAAAGUUUAUGCGGACUAAUCCCUAACUCCCAAAUUUGAUCCAAAUCUCAGCUCGGCGCAAUCAAGCCGUCCACGAAUC